AUGGAAGUGACCUCCAAUGAAAGCAAUUCUUAUUUUGUGGAGGACAAGGUUCUCAGACUCUCAGCCAUCCUCUUGCUCCAGCCCUGCAAGGGCGGGGCAUUCAGGUACUGCACGUUCGUGAUGGACAUCCUGCGGCUUGGUCGCCAUAGGAAGCGGAGGACCCGGGGGCUCUCGUUCGCCUCGAAACGCCCCGGAAUGUGGCUCCAUCGACGCCUGUGCACGGCGGAUCUCCCGCUGCGGGCGGGCGCGGACUGGGAGUCUGAAAGUGGAGGGGAAGUGUUCGCCGUGGGCUGGCAUCAGACCCCGGUGCAGGUGUCUCCUGGACCCCUCGAGGGCCCAGAGCCGGUACCGAGGAGCCGGCGUGGAAGGGGCGCUUUCCUGGCCUCCUGGAGGCGCAGCAGAGCGGGGCGUCCCCAGCCAGGGCAGCGGUGCGGGAACCCUGCGGCGACUUCAGGGGCUGACCCAGGGGCUGAGCCCGGCGUUCUGCCCCGGGUGGAGCCUGCAGGGAUGGUCACGAGGGCCCCGCCUGGCCUCGACACCAGCGUGGGGAUAAGUGAACAGGACCAGAAGGGACGUGGGCUGGGCUCUCGGAAAAGCUGGGGUCCCUCCAGGGAGGACCUGGUGGCACAGUCUCCGUCCCUACUCCUUAAGCUCCUGGUUCAGGACUGGGAACAAGUACCUUCCCACCGGCCCUCGGGAGCUCACAGUGAUCCGACUGCCCAGGAGGCCGGCCUCUCCUGGGACUUCAGCCCCCUGGGGAUGAGCUGUGGGAACUCUCCAUCCCAGCUGGGAUUCAAGAGCUGCUGCUUCUCAGGAUGCUUUGAGGGACGCUCCCUCGAGUUUUCAGCGAUCUAUGCCCAUUUUGACAUUUCUGUGGAAGACGAGCCCUCUGCCAUGAACCAGCCGGCCCCGGGGGUUCCCCCACCACCCCGCCGUGUGAGGCUGAAGCCCUGGUUGGUGGCCCAGGUGAACAGCUGCCGGUUCCCAGGGCUUCAGUGGGUCAACGGGGAAAGGAAACUCUUCUAUAUCCCCUGGCGCCAUGCCACAAGGCAUGGUCCCAGUCAGGAUGGAGACAACACCAUCUUCAAGGCCUGGGCUAAAGAGACAGGGAAGUACACUGAGGGGGUGGACGAGGCUGACCCAGCCAAGUGGAAGGCCAACCUGCGCUGCGCCCUUAACAAAAGCCGUGACUUCCGUCUGAUCUAUGAUGGCCCUCGAGACAUGCCACCACAGCCCUACAAGAUCUAUGAGGUCUGCUCCAAUGGCCCUGCUCCCACAGAGUCCCAGCCCACUGAUGAUUACACUCCUGGAGAAGAGGAGGAGGAAGAGGAGGAGGAGCUCCAGAGAAUGUUGCCAGGCCUGAGCAUCACAGAACCCGUGCUACCCGGGCCUCCCAUAGCACCCUACUCCUUACCCAAAGAAGGCGUCAAGUGGUCACCUGCUCUCCAGUCAUCCGUAGGGCUGGGUCCCCCUGCCCCAGACCCAAAUAUCCUGGCCCAUCCCUCUGGAAAUCCUGCUGGCUUCGGGCAGAUUCUCCCUGAGGACCUGGAACCUGGACCACUGGCUUCCAGCCAGCCCCCUAUAGAACAACUCUUGCCUGACCUGCUGAUCAGCCCCCACAUGCUGCCUUUGACUGACCUGGAGAUCAAGUUCCAGUACCGCGGUCGUCCACCCCGUGCCCUCACCAUCAGCAACCCACAAGGCUGUAGGCUCUUCUAUAGCCAGCUAGAAGCCACCCAGGAGCAAGUGGAACUCUUUGGCCCUGUGAGUCUGGAGCAAGUGCGCUUCCCUAGCCCAGAGGACAUCCCCAGCGAGAAGCAGCGUUUCUAUACAAACCAGCUGCUAGAUGUCCUGGAUCGUGGGCUCAUCCUUCAGCUGCAGGGUCAGGACCUGUAUGCCAUCCGUCUGUGCCAGUGUAAGGUGUUCUGGAGUGGGCCCUGUGCCUUAGCCCAGGGCUCACACCCCAACCCCAUCCAGCGGGAAGUCAAGACAAAGCUCUUCAGCCUAGAGCAGUUUCUCAACGAACUCAUCCUGUUCCAGAAGGGUCAGACCAACAUCCCGCCACCUUUCGAGAUCUUCUUCUGCUUUGGAGAAGAAUGGCCUGACCUCAAACCCCGAGAGAAGAAGCUUAUUACUGUACAGGUGGUACCGGUUGCAGCCCGCUUGCUGCUGGAGAUGUUCUCAGGGGAGCUUUCCUGGUCAGCAGACAGCAUCCGGCUGCAGAUCUCAAACCCAGAUCUCAAAGACCACAUGGUGGAGCAGUUCAAGGAGCUCCAUCACAUCUGGCAGUCCCAGCAGCGGUUGCAGCCCAUGGUCCAGGCCCCUCCUAUGGCAGGCCUUGGUGCUGGCCAAGGGCCCUGGCCCAUGCACCCAGUUGGCAUGCAAUAACAAGGCUACAGAUAGUUGCUGGCCUGGGCUUCCUGGGGCAACUGUGGAGAUUGGCAUGGCAAUGUAGUGGUCCCAGCAGGCCUGGCUGGCUGCAGGGUUCUACCUCUGAGUCUCUUGAAAGAAGAGUCGGCCCAAAAAGGACAUAGAAGAGGUCACGUUCUCCCUAAAAUUCAUUUUGAGCACUGUCUUGCAGGGAUUUCUCUAAUGUUUGGCUCUGAAGAAAUGUAGCCAGCAGCUCUAGUGGGAGGGAGGGAGUAUCACUAGUCUGGGGCCUAGAUACACAGGUCCAAUUACCCCAGGGUAGCCAACUUUUAUGGUUGCCCCAAUUCCUCUAGCAAAAAAGUGCCAAGGAGUGUUGGUGGGGCUUCUGCAGGGAACAGGCCUGAUUCGGGGGUUCCCUAGUUUGA